AUGAAUAUGAAUAUGACGGAGAAGUCAAGUGGCGUUUUGCGUCACAGAUGUGUGUGUGUGUGUGUGUUUGUGUUUGUCUGUGUGGACUGUGAGGUGGUACGAGUUGAAGACGGACUCGCUGGAAUUAGACGAGUCCCUGUGAUCAUGUCUGUGUAAGUGGACCCGUGUAAACGCGGUAAGGACGAUGUAAAAGCUGCAUGAUUCAGUCAUCCACCACCUCGACCUGGGACCAGGCUGCGCGUUUAUGGAUCCUAACCGGACCGGAGAAAGUUCGUCCGCAAUCGAAUCUGAUUGAUUUGAAUCUUAUCGAUUGCUCAUCGGCCGGACUCUCUCUCUGCUCGGUCGGCGGAGUUUAGUGGCGCAGGACGGAGACGCCGAGGCGAGGAGGGUCUGGGCUCCGGUCCGGAUCUCGGCGCUGCCGCGGCGGACGGGCACGUACGGCUCGGAUCGGAUCGGCUCGGCUCGGCUCGGUUCUGUGCGGACCGGUCCGGACCCGCUAAGCGCAUCGCGGUCAGCGGACCGUCUGGGGAUUAAUUCCGGCUUUUCGCUGCACGCUACUUCGCCGUUUCCACAAAGCGUCGCGGCGCACUCGAGACAAGGGAAGCAGCCGAGCGCGGCUCCGCUCGCCCCCCGCGGCCCGCAUGCGCCGAGCGCCACGCUGACGCGGCGUCCGGUGUAAGUGCCUGAGAGGACGUCCCUUGGCAGCAGUUCGAUGACUCUGACCGAUUGCCGGCGGCAACCAUGAAGGGCCUGUCUAGCAGCCGCAGUCACCCCCACAGCAUCGCCUGCGAGGCGUCUUACGAUAUGGUGUCGCGGCGCGCGGACCGGCCGUCGUGCCUGCUGAGCCCGGAUGACCCGCACCCGGCUGAUCACCCGUACUACUCCCAACGUAACUCCUUCCAGGGAGACUGCGUGGCGCCAUAUGGCGACCUGGCGUGCAGCACUUUCCCACGGCGCCAUUGUAGCUCACAUCACGAGCUGAAAUCUGAGUGCCAGGCUGUGGUGCCAUACACCGGUGGGACUGGCAAAUCCGCCCGUGUUGUCUCUCACAGCCUGCUGGACCAGUUGGAGCGGCGGCCGCCGGCAGCCCGCGAUGGUUACCACACGCUGCAGUACAAGCGCACGGCGACGGAGCAGCGUAGCGACAGCCCCGGGCGCAUUCGCCACCUGGUGCACUCGGUGCAGCGGCUGUUCACCAAGUCCCACUCCCUGGAGGGUCCCGCCAAGGGGAGCGUCAAUGGCAGCAAGGCCAGCCCCGACGAGGUACCUGCGUCUCGUCACGGGAAGCGUAGCAAAAGCCGCGACCGCUGUCGAGCGGCAGAGCCUCGGGCACGCGCCGCCAUCUCGGGCUACUGGAGCUCAGACGACAACCUGGACCGGGACGUGUGCCUCUACCGCAGCCCGUCGGGCGCCAUGACGGUAGGCCGCCGGCCGGACAAGUCCCAGUCGCAGUACUUCCUGGAGGCCUACAACACCAUCAGUGAGCACACUCUGAGGACGUCGCGCAGCAACAACGACGUCAAGUGCGCCACCUGCGCCGCGUCACCCACCAACCUGGACACGCAGCUGGUGAAGAAGAGCUCCUGGUCCUCCAUGCUCACGGUGAGCAGAGCGCGAGAAGUCUACCAGAAGUCCUCCGUCAACAUGGACAAGGCUCUGCUCAAGGCCGAGACGUGCAAGCAAGAGCGCUCGUGCCAGUUUCUCCAGGUGCCCCAGGACGAGUGGGGAAGCAUGCCGCCUCUGGGGCAGGGCGAGGAGAUCCCGUGCCGGCGAAUGCGCAGCGGCAGCUACAUCAAGGCCAUGGCGGACGAGGAGAGCGGCGACUCGGAGGGGAGUCCGAAGCCGUCGCCCAAGGCGCAGACACGCAGGGCGAGCUACCUGAGGGCCACGCAGCCCUCGCUCACCGAGAUGACCACGCUCAAGAUCUCCACGGAGCACUCGCCCAAGCUGCAGAUCCGCAGCCAUAGCUACCUGCGGGCGGUCAGCGAGGUCUCCAUCAACCGUAGCCUGGACAGCCUGGACCCCGCGGGGCUCCUCGCGUCCCCCAAGUUCCGCUCGCGCAACGAGAGCUACAUGAGGGCUAUGAGCACCAUCAGCCAGGUGAGCGAGGUGGAGGUCAACGGGCAGUUUGAGUCGGUGUGCGAGUCCGUGUUCAGCGAGCUGGAAUCACAGGCGGUGGACGCGCUCGACCUGCCGCUGCCCGGACACUUCCGCAUGCGCAGCCACAGCUACGUACGUGCCAUCGACCAGGGAUGCUCGCAGGAUGGGGAGGCAGCACCACGGCAGGCCGUCUCACCGCCCCGAACUGCCACCACCGUCAGGACCAUCCAGAGUAGCACAGUGUCAUCAUGCAUCACGACCUACAAGAAGACCCCGCCCCCCGUGCCCCCCCGCAGCACCACCACGAAGCCCUUCAUCUCGAUCACAGCGCAGAGCAGCACCGAGUCGGCCCAGGACGCCUACAUGGACGGCCCCGGGGGGCGGGGCGACAUCGCCAGCCAGUCGGGCCUCAGCAACUCCACGGAGAGCAUCGACAGCAUGAAGGCGCUGGCGGCGGCCAUUGAGGCGGCUAACGCGCAGGUGCACGGCCCCGCCAGCCAGCACGUCACCAGCAGCACGGUCACCAUCACGGCCACGGCCUCCGCCAUCACGCAGGUCGGCGAGGACGGCAAGAGGGACGCGCUGCGCAGGAGCAAGUGCCUGUCCAUCGGCAUUCAGGUGGACGGACCGGACGACGACCAGGGCCCGGAAGAACGCUGCCGCUUUCAGUCUGUGGGCAUCCAGGUGGAGGAGGAGCACUGCUACCGUAGGCUGAACCGGUCCAACAGCGUGACGACGGCCGUGCAGGCCAACCUGGACCGCCUGGUGGACGGACCGGUGGCGGGGCCCACCUCCUCGGGCCCCGUACCCCGCCAACGCUCCCGCGACGCCGGCACCUCCACCGUCAGCAUCCAGGGCUCGGGCAAUCACUACCACCCGUGCGCCGACGACGACUACGGCGCCUCGGACGGCAACGCCGGCGGCAACAACGACGACGAGGACGAGGACGACGACCCCGACGUGGGCUUCGACCCCUCCAUCCUGCCGCCGCCGGAUCCUUGGAUCGACGGCGAGGCCGAGGAGCCCGGGGGGGCGGUGCAGCCCUCCGUGUGCCAGCGGGACGGGCGCUGGUUCCUCAAGCUGCUGCGCGCCGAGAGGGAGCGCAUGGAGGGCUGGUGCCGGCAGAUGCAGCAGGACGAGAUGGAGAACGAGCUGCCCGACGAGAUCUUGGGGAAGAUCCGCAGUGCUGUAGGCAGCGCCCAGUUGUUGAUGUCGCAGAAGUUCCAGCAGUUCCGGGAGCUGUGUGAAGAGAACCUGAACCCGAACGCCCACCCGAGACCCAUCUCCCAGGACCUGGCCGGCUUCUGGGACAUGCUCCAGCUGUCCAUCGAGAACAUCAGCCUGAAGUUCGACGAGCUGCACCAGCUCAAGGCCAACAACUGGAAACCGCUGGAGAUCCCGGAGAGGAAGGCGAGGAGGGCGCCCCCUCCCGUGCCCCGGAAACCCCUGAAGGGCCCCCCUCCCCUGGCGCGCGACCGCUCCCUGGAGAGCACAGAGAGGCAGCGCCUCGAGGCUCGCAAACGCCUGAUGGCGGCCAAGCGGGCAGCGUCCGCCCGGCAGAGCUCGGCCACCGACAGCCCCGACAGCAUCGAGAUCUACAUCCCGGAGGCGCAGACGCGGCUGUGAGCGGCGCGUGCCAAACACACGCGCGCUCGUACACGUACACGUAGACACACACACACUCACGUAAGCACGGUGCGAAAAAACGUGAUGGCCGUGUCCUUCCUCUCGAGCCUGGAGAGGCGGGUAAAGAAGAAAAAGCCCGUUAUGUUGUCAUCGUUUUCCGUUAGGGGGUAAAAAUCUCGAGACCCACUAGGUGUGAACGUACCAGCCAGCAGCCCACCCCCUGCAUCCGUCCUGAGACUCACAUGUGAUCACAGACACUGGGAAGAUUGGUCGUUUUCUGAGUUCACUUGUUGCUCGGCUUUAGGGACGCAACUGGGACCUGAAGUCCGUUCAUAACUCAGUUUGUUCGUAAAUCCAACCGCUAGUUACGCUCAUUCGUUUAGCCAACACUUUUCUGCCCGUUUAUGCAACUAGACGUGGGAUUUGAACCUGGGACCGUUGGUUCCACAGGCAGCAGUUCUGGGCUACCUGCUGGCCCUAUUAGUGUAACAGUGAAGGAACAUGAACAGCUGUCAGAGGAAGAGCAUGGCUUCCCGUUCAUGGCUCUUUUCUUUUUGGCUCGGAUAUUGACCGCUGUAAGAGUUCAUUUGGGACAGUCGGUGUGGCUCCACCUUCUUAAGCACAUUUUUAUUUGGCCACUCCCUGUUAAGGACAUUUUCAUUUGGCUCUGCCCUCUUAAGCACAUUUUUAUUUGGCUCCGCCCUCUUAAGGACAUUUUCAUUUGGCUCCGCCCUCUUAAGCAUAUUUUUAUUUAGCUCCGCCCUCUUAAGGACAUUUUCAUUUGGCUCCACCCUCUUAAGCACAUUUUUAUUUAGCUCCACCCUCUUAAGUACAUUUUCAUUUGACUCCGCCCUCUUAAGGACAUUUUCAUUUGGCUCCACCCUCUUAAACAUAUUUUUAUUUAGCUCCGCCCUCUUAAGGACAUUUUCAUUUCCCUCCCAAAAAUAAGACAUCACUAAAUAGUCUCUACUUUCCAUGUGUGACACUAAAGACUUUCAUGAUGUUUACUAUCAUGGGCCGUUUGGUGUCUCACACCUUUCUCCCAAUUCCAGUGUUAGUUUCAAACACUAACCUACUAUGAUUUAUACAGCAUUUGGAGAGCAGGGUAAUUUUUACCGUGUCACUUCAUGUUCAGCCAGCUUGCAGUUGCGAAGCCUCUUGGUGGUACUGCGGAACCAUGUGAUAUUACAGUGACAAGGGCAGGUGUGCGGUCAAGCACUCGUGUGUCUCGUCCAUCGAAGAGAAAGCGGACGGGCGGGAACGGGUUCGAGAAGGCUGCAGGCGCUAGGUGGUGAAAAGCUAAAGCAGGGAAAUGAAAAUCCCCUGCGAUGGCUCCCAUCCAGUGAGGCGCACUGCUUUAAUUAUGAACUUUGCAUCAAAGCGUCCUUGCGGCAGGAAGUUGGACCACUGGGUUCUGCCAUACCCUCGCUGUGGAUGGGCCAGGCCGCGGACGCGAUCAUGUGACCCGCUCUGCCCAAUCGCGGGGCUGCUGGGCUGGCAAAGUACUAACUAUCGGAGCGGACGGUCGAGGCGCUUGGCGUGGCGAGAUCAGAGUCUCCCAGGAAACAGAAGCUGUGACUGUGUGUGUUUACUCGCUCUUAUGAAAGAAUCGUGUGUGUGUGUGUGUGUGUGUGUGUG